UCUGUGUACUGCCCCGUCUGCUGGUGCUGCCCCUGCAGCUCCAAUUGGCUGAGGUUCCCGGCCAGUGGGAGCUGCAGAGCCAGUGCUUGGGGUGGGGGCAAUGUGCAGAGGCCCCUGGCUGCCCCUGUGUGUAGGAGCCAGAGGGAGGACAUGCUGCUGCUUCUGGUAGCCGUGUGGAGCCAGGGUAGGCAGGGAGCCUACCUUAACCCCGCUGUGCUGCCAACCAGACUCUUAACGGCUUGGUCAGUAGUGCUGACCGGAGCUGCCAGGGUCCCUUUUCGACAGGGCAAACUGGACCCCUGGCAACCCUAAUUUAACCCCUUGGUGCCUGUAGGCAUCACACCCCCAGUGUGCUGCUGGGAUUGGAGAAAAUGGGCUAACAGUCCUUGACAGCAUUAAACUGCAUAACUCUUCCCCCCUCACCCCCCCCCCCCCUUACUGGCAGCUUUGGGCUACAAGGUUUAUUGCAUGAUAUAUCAGUCAGAAAAGAAGGGACUGGCUCCCGGUGUCUUUGCCUUUUGGUGGCCUGGCUCCAGAAUGGGGGGGGGGAAGAGAAAAAUAGGGGAGACUGAUGCCAUGACCCCAAAAACCCUCACAGCAGCCAUGCUGAAAGUUUGGAUGCCAAAUCUACCAGCAUCCAGGUGAUCGUUAAGGAAGGAGGUCUGAAACUCAUUCAGAUCCAAGAUAAUGGGUGUGGAAUCAGGAAAGAAGAUUUGAAUAUUGUGUGUGAGAGAUUCACUACAAGCAAAUUGCAAAAAUUUGAAGAUCUGGCUAGUAUUUCUACAUAUGGGUUUAGGGGAGAGAGCUAGCUAUUGUGAUGGAAAACUGAAAGCGCCUCCCAAACCUUGUGCUGGAAACCAGGGGACUCAGAUCACGGUUGAGGAUCUUUUUUACAAUGUAACUACAAGGAGGAAAGCCUUAAAAAAUCCAAGUGAAGAGUAUGCAAAAAUAUUAGAAGUCGUUGGCAGGUAUGCCAUCCACAACUCAGGUACCAGUUUUUCAGUUAAAAAGCAAGGUGAUACGAUGGCAGAUGUUAGAACCCUAUCAAAUGCCACAACAGUGGACAAUAUUAGGUCCAUUUUUGGAAAUGCUGUUAGCCGAGAACUGAUAGAAGUGGGCUGUGAAGAUGGAAAGCUGGCCUUUAAAAUGAAAGGCUACAUAACAAAUGCAAAUUAUUCAGUGAAGAAAUGCAUGUUUUUACUCUUCAUAAAUCAUCGACUGGUGGAGUCAACCGCUUUGCGGAAAGCCAUAGAAACUGUAUAUGCUGCUUAUUUGCCGAAAAGUACACAUCCAUUCCUGUACUUAAGCCUGGAAAUAGCCCCUCAGAAUGUAGAUGUGAAUGUGCAUCCUACAAAGCACGAAGUCCAUUUUCUUCAUGAAGACAGUAUCCUAGAGUGUGUGCAGCAACAUAUAGAGAGCAAAUUACUGGGCUCUAACUCUUCAAGGAUGUACUUCACCCAGACUUUGAUCCCAGGAGCUGAAUGCUCUUCCACUGAGGUUGUUAAAUCAGUAGCAAGCUCCUCUUUCACAGCUAAAGGAACAGGUGAUAAAGUCUAUGCCCACCAGAUGGUCCGCACCGAUUCCCGAGACCAGAAGCUGGAUGCUUUCCUUCAGCCUACAAACAAACCCUUGAGUACAGGGCAUACAGCGGUGACCCUAGAUGAUGGUAUAGGACUUUCUGAUGGCAGAUCCAGACAGCGGGAUACGGAAAUGGAAGAUCUCAAUGACUUUGAUACAAUAGUUGCUGCACAGGGGGAUUCAGUGAUGACACCAGAGGGGCAGAAGGAAAGUGGAAGGCUGACUCCUGAAACAGUCCCUACUAGAAAGAGACAGUGGACAGGCUCGGAUGUGGAAAUGGAGGAAGAUGAUACCAGAAAGGGAAUGACUGCUGCCUGCACCCCGAAGAGAAGGAUUAUUAACCUAACCAGUGUGUUGACUCUGCAAGAGGAAAUUAGUAGCCAAGCACAUGCAAGUCUUCAGGAGAUGCUACGUGAUCACUCGUUUGUUGGUUGUGUUAGCCCACAGUGGGCACUGGCACAAUACCAGACAAAGCUGUAUCUUCUCAAUACCACCCAACUCAGCCAAGAACUCUUCUACCAGAUUCUUCUUUAUGACUUUGCAAACUUUGGAGUUCUGAGGUUGUCAGAGCCAGCUCCACUGUAUGAUCUGGCUAUGCUAGCCUUGGAGAACACUGAAAGUGGCUGGACAGAAGAAGAUGGCCCAAAGGAAGGACUUGCUGAAUACAUUGUCGAGUUUCUAAAAAAGAAGACUGAAAUGCUGAAAGACUAUUUCUCUUUUGAAAUUGAUGAGGAUGGAAACCUUACUGGAUUACCCCUCCUGAUAGACAACUAUGUUCCACCAUUGGAGGGACUACCUAUGUUUAUCCUUCGCUUAGCCACAGAGGUAAACUGGGAUGAAGAAAAAGAAUGUUUUGAAAGCCUCAGUAAAGAAUGUGCCAUGUUUUACUCCAUUAGAAAGCAGUAUAUAGUGGAGGAAUCUGACUUGACUAACCAGCAGAGUGAAGAGCUUGGAUCUGGUUCAACAUCUUGGAAAUGGACUGUGGAACAUGUUAUUUACAAAGCUUUUAGGACCCACCUUUUGCCUCCUAAACACUUCACAGAAGAUGGCAACAUUUUGCAGCUUGCUAAUCUGCCAGACCUGUAUAAAGUUUUUGAGAGGUGUUGAAUACUUCAGUUGGAUGGACUCACUGGUGUAUCCCAUUGUUUCAUACAAGGGGGAUAAAACUGGAUGACUAAUGGAAGAAAGGAGUUUGUCAUACUGCCUUUCAGGAAAGAGUAUUUCAGAAGUAAAAUGGUCUAUAUUCAACUACUGUAACUUAUAGUGAAAUACAGCAGCAAAGAGCUACAUUAGAGACUGAUAUACUGAAAUGUUCCAGCCAUGUUAAAAGCAUCCCUCUCUCAGGAUGCAGCUGAGGUGCCUCAAAAGGGAGUAGAUUUCCUGAUAGAGAGCUGUGAAGAUCUGUAUGCAAGACUUUACUUCAGAAAUUUUUUUUUGAUAAACAUCCACUUUAGCUCUGAGCUCUAAAAGUUAAACCCACCUUUUAUCUGUACUUAUAACUCAAAGUUUUGAAAUAGCAAAUGUAAGAACAUUUAAUGCCUUCCCAAAUGUUUACUAGAGCACCUUACAGAAUGUCACAGGUAAAGUGAGCAGUUUGGUUUAAAUGUCUAUAUAGAUUAUAGCUCUGUAAGAUUGUAUAUAAAAAAGCCACUCAUUUCUAGCCAGUACAGUGUCCAUUUAAUGAACUCCUCAGACAUUUCCUCACCUCUCCUUCCACCCUAAAGUUUCAUUCCACACUUAAGCAGCAGUUGCUAUACAAGUUUACAAAGUACAAUAAAACAUCUUCUGUGAUUAAAGUCCCUGUUUUUAUAUUAAGAGUAACUGAGCUAGUACUUCCUUGGCAAAAUAAGCUAGAACUCAGAUGUGCUAUCACCCAUGCAAAAAAGCAAGUUUUAUAAUAGUCCCUAUUUUUUAUUUUUAUAUAAAUUUAAAUAUUACAAAAAUGCACCUUUCCAUCAAAAUUUAUAAACUUUAAUGAACAUAGACCCCAAAACUGUAUCUUAAAAUAAAUGUUAUCUGCUUUCAAAGGUUAGUUCUAACAUAUUUGAAGUCUAAAUUGCACCAUAUAGAAGGCACUUGUGCUGUGUGAUGUCUUGAGCAAGUACAUUUGUUAUUUUUUAAAAGACUGUGUCCUCUUGAACUCAUGCAGUUGUCUUCAAGCACCAAGCAUCAUUAAAGCAGCUGAAAAAAAGUUUAAGUAAACCUGAUUCCACAGUUGUGAAAACAAAUGUUUUCUAGUAAUAAGUCAAUCAUACAGCAUUGUGCUUCAGCUCUGACUCUACAAUUAAACUGCUAAAUAAAAAUCACCAUCAUUCACAUAGGAAUUCAAAUUUUUCAUUCUCUCAUAAGUUACAAAAGGUAUGCCAUUUAAUUCUGCAACUAAAAUAUUACUGAACAGCUCAGUGUUCAAAUAGUUUGUGCCAAUUAAAGUCUGUAUUAAAACAAGCUAAGGGCUAGUUAUUUCAAGGAGCAGUGCACAACUUGUUCCAUUUUCUAAUACUUUCUUCUAUUGUUGAGCUAGAAGCGCAGUCCUGUUUGCCUUCAUCUUCUCCAGCCUUUUCAUCAAGUGGCUGUUGGUCAUCUCCAUCUCUUCUAUCCUGUCCAAUGCUGUUCUUAACUAAAAUGAAAACAAAAAGUUAUUCAAUUUCAGAAUAAUUGCAACUGGGUUUCUGUUUUUUUUAAUGUCCUGGUGUGAGUAGCACAAAUUAAAACUCUACAAUGAGCUUUA